CGUGUGUCUACAUUACAUUUAUAUUCACUCAGAUGAACAGGGCUCCCCUUUCACUCUAAUUCCUGUCAAGGAUUCUUCCUCACAUCAUCUCAGGGAGUUUUUCAGUACAAGCAUUAAGUGUAUGUCCUAUACUAUGCCACGGAGUCCUACAUCCAGUGAGGAUGAAAUGGCUCAGAGCUUUUCUGAUUAUUCUGAUGAGUCCAUCUCUGGGAGCUCUAAAGAGGACGCAAUCUAUGAGAGUAUAAAAGUGCCGACUGAGAUGCAGCUGAGUUUCAUGGAGGACUUUCAGGGCAAUACAGUUGUCAUCAGGGUCAUUAUUCCAGAUCUGCAGCAGACGAAAUGUAUGAGGUUUGAUGUGGACUCGACAGUCUGGGCAGCAAAGCAACAGAUCCUUUGUACUUUGAGUCAGAAUUUAAAGGACGUGCUGAACUACGGCCUCUUCCAGCCAGCCAGUGAUGGCCGAGAUGGAAAGUUCCUGGAUGAAGAACGCCUGCUCAGUGAAUAUCCACAAGCAGCUAGCAAAAACAUCCCAACUCUGGAGUUUCGGUAUAAAAGCAGAGUGUACAAACAACCAAACGUAGAUGAGAAGCAAAUUGCCAAAUUGCACACCAAGGCCAAUCUGAGGAAGUUUAUGGAUUACAUACAAAACCACCAGUCAGAGAAAAUCUCUAAAAUGUUGGAUAAAGGACUUGACCCGAACUACCACGAUUCAGAUACAGGAGAGACACCUCUGACAUCCGCAGCUCACCUGGAGAACAUGGGUGACAUCAUUAAGGUGUUAAAGAAUGGAGGAGCUCAUCUGGAUUUCAGAGCUAAAGAUGGCAUGACAUCCUUACACCGAGCAGCUCGGGCUAACAACAAAUACACACUAAUGACUCUGCUGGAGUUGGGAGCGUCACCAGAUUAUAAGGACAGCCGUGGUUUGUCAGCACUGUAUCACACAGCCAUGGUCGGUGGAGACUCAGGCUGCUGUGAGCUUCUUCUCCAUGAGCAUGCCAGCAUCAACUGCCAAGAUGAGAACGGCUGGCACGAAGUUCAUCAGGCUUGUCGACAUGGUCAUGUCCAGCAUCUUGAGCACCUUCUGUUUUAUGGUGCCGAUAUGAGUGCCCAGAAUGCAUCAGGAAACACAGCAAUGCACAUCUGUGCUCUCUACAAUCAGGAUAAAUGUGUACGUGUGCUGCUUGUUCGUGGAGCUGAUAAGGAGGUGAAGAACUACAACAGCCAAACUCCGUUUCAGGUGGCCAUCAUCGCAGGAAAUUUUGAGCUUGCAGAGCUGAUCAAGAACCACAGAGAGAGUGACAUAGUGCCUUUCCUUGAGGCGCCUUCAUAUUCCAGGAGACGCCGUGCUCCUCAUCAUUUGGUGCCUCCACGUGUGCUGCUCCGCUCCAACAGUGAUAACCACCUCCAACUGCUUCCCCAACCCACAAACACACAACCCCACACACAACUGCACAUACACACCAGCCCUAAUGGCACAGUGAGUACCAGAGCCCCGCCACGCAGCCGCUCGCCUUCGCUCGGCCGCCUGGGAGAGGAACAGCAUAGAUUGCACAGAGCAAACACAAGUCUUGAUGGUUCGGUGUCAAGAAGGAAGCUGUACAGUGCCGUCCCUGGUCGCCAUUUUGUUGCAGUGCGACCCUAUCAGCCUCAAGCAGAUGGAGAAAUCACACUGUAUAAAAAUGACAGGGUUAAAGUCCUCAGUAUUGGUGAAGGUGGUUAUUGGGAAGGCAGCGCUCGUGGCCGUGUUGGCUGGUUUCCAGCUAACUGUGUAGAAGAAAUUCCUGCCAAAACCAAUGAGGCCAGACCCCAGAGCCGAAUAGGUCGGACAGAUAAAAAGAAGCUUUUCAGGCAUUACACCGUGGGCUCAUAUGACAGCUUUGAUGCCUCCAGCGACUGCGCCAUCGAUGAAAAGACCGUGGUGCUGCACAAGAAGGAGAACGAGGGAUUCGGCUUCGUGCUGAGAGGAGCGAAAGCUGACACGCCCAUCGAGGAGUUUACACCUACUCCAGCUUUUCCUGCCCUUCAGUAUCUGGAGUCAGUGGAUGAGGGUGGAGUUGCAUGGGAGGCGGGGCUUCGGACUGGUGACUUUCUAAUUGAGGUGAACCAGGAGAAUGUAGUGAAGGUAGGUCACAGGCAGGUGGUCAACAUGAUACGACAGGGCGGAAACAGACUCGUCAUUAAAGUGGUGACGGUCACAAGGAACCUGGACAACGAUGAGAAUGCAAGGAAGAAAGUAACACCAAAUCCAGGGCAUGAGAGCAGAUUGUCCCCGCCUCCUCCAAAGCGAGCACCAACCACAGCACUGUCCAUGCGCUCCAAAUCUAUGACAUCUGAACUGGAGGACAUGGAUAAAGUGGACGAAGUGCCUCCAACCCAGAAAAACGCAAGGGACAAUGGUUCAGUGGACAUGAGAGUGGCCACCAUUAAACCUCGCCCCUCCAGCCGCUGCUUGGUCACGCCUACUGAUUUCAACGCCAUUUAUGAACGACAAGGUGUAGCUGUUGUUUCUCCCACCGUUCCUAGCGGACCACAGGGGGCAUACUUGGGUGUACCAAAGGGAACAAUAAAGAGACAAAAGUCCAUUGGUAUUACGGAAGAGGAAAAGCAGUUCCUGACUCCUCCAUUGCUAAAGUUCACACGGAGCCUUUCAAUGCCUGAUACAUCUGAAGACAUUCCACCUCCACCAGGAAUCUCCCCUCCAUCACCCCCUUUCAGCCCCACUGCCCCCAAUAGCCGAGUAUAUAGCAACAACCAGCCUGGCUUUAUGCAACCCCAAGCAGGCAGAGGGUACAGAAGUACAAACACCAUCAAUAGAGGUCGAGGUGGUUUUCUGCGACAAAACUCAGAGCAGUAUGAAACUUCAAACUCCAUAUCAAACCAGCACAAUUCCCGAAAUCGAAACAGAGCCUCAGUCCCAGAGAACCCAUAUUCAGAAGUAGGAAACAAGGCCACUUAUAUCCCAGCCAAGCCAGCACGAAGGAAAGGGAUGUUAGUAAAGCAGCCAAAUGUGGAAGAUAGUCCUGAGAAGACCUGUUCCAUUCCAAUACCCACCAUCAUUGUCAAAGAACCAUCUACUAGCAGCAGUGGAAAAAGUAGUCAGGGAAGCAGCAUGGAAAUUGAGACAAGCACUUUGGAUCAUCCAGGCCAGCUGAGACCUGAGGAUUCACUCAAUAUAAAUAAUCCCUUUGCUGCUGCUAUUGCUGGAGCGGUAAGAGACCGGGAAAAAAGGUUGGAAGCACGUAGGAAUUCACCUGCAUUUCUUUCCACAGAUUUAGGGGAUGAGGAUUUACCAAUGCCCACUCCAACCCCUCGUUUGCACCACUCAAAGUCUAUUGAUGAGGGAAUGUUUGCAAAUGAUGAAGGGCUUCGGACAUUCAUGGCACCACCUGCUUCGCUGCUUACUGUUUCACAAGGAAGUGGAGGUGAGAGUGAAGGAGGUGGAGGAAGUGGGGGUGGUGGUGGGGGCAAUGUGACAGACUUUAACUCCCCUGAACCUGUGAUUGUACGUGAACCUCUGAACACACGAACAAGGAACUGCCCUGAUCUGGACAGUCCGGUAAGCCUUCCAGCAACAAUAAAGACCUAUAGCACCAAUGGUGAAGGAUAUCUACACCCAGUUACAGGUAAAGCUCUUGAUCCCAAUUCCCCAUUAGCUUUGGCUCUGGCAGCCCGAGACAGAGCUAUAAAAGAGCAAGCACAGCCUCCUCCAGUUUCCCCAAAGCUGGAGCCUCACAAACCAGAUAUCAAUCAACCCCUGUUUAUUGAUACCAAGCUUCGCUCAGGCAUUGAGGCCAAAUUUGCUGCAUCUGUUUGCACAGGCCGGGCCGGUCUUCGGAGGCAGAGAACAGAGUCUAAAUAUGAAGCAGAAGGUACAAAAGAUAGCAAGCAGGAAGAGGAAAAAAAGAACAUGGUGGAUGAAAUUGUAGAUAAAUCACAGCAGAAGCCAGCAGGAUUGUUGAUGGUGCACACAAUGGAUGGAGUGAAGACAGAAGAAAAUAAUGUAAAUGAUGAAGCGAAAGAGGAAAUGACACCUCAACUGGACACAGAAAUUAGAGACUCAGACUCCAAAACUCCUUCAACUCCCAACUCCCAGACACCUGCCCCAUCCCGAACAAAAAGUAUCACAUUAGGUGGAUCAGUGGAUGAACCAAUCAAACUGCCUUUCCGAAUCCCCCCUCCACCGCUGGCCUCUGUAGAUAUUGAUGAGGAAUUUGUAUUUGCUGAACCUUUACCACCUCCAUUGGAGUUUGCCAACAGUAUUGACAUUCCUGAAGACCAAGUAGCAGAGAUCCUUAAGCAGAGAAAAAACAGUGUACAAGGGGGCCCUUUACCCCCAUACCACCCCCAUGCUCCUCCACCCAUCAAUGCAGAACUGAAACGUCCUGGGAUAAUAAACUGCAUCCCCCCUUCCAGCUUCCCUCCACCACCUUCUGAGAGCUUUGAGCCAAUCACGGACUCUGGAAUAGAAAUGGAUAGCCGAAGUAGCGGAGACCCCCACCUAGAGACCACCAGCACCAUUUCUACCGUGUCCAGCAUCUCAACACUGUCUUCAGAAGGCAGUGAGGCUUUGGACACCUGCACAGUCUAUGCAGACGGGCAGGUCUUCCUGGUGGACCGACCCCCUGUGCCGCCCAAGCCAAAAAUAAAGCCCAUCAUCAAGAGCAAUGCACUUUACAGGGACCCCUUGAUUGAGGAGAGUCCCGAAUCCUUCAAUCAGCCCCCACCUCCACCUCCUCCACCACAAUCAGAGCCCCCCAAAACACCAACGCAGAGAGCUUCUAAGCUGUGGAGGGAAAGUCCUGACCUCCGCAGCCCCCCCUCAUCUAAUCCAGAUCCUAAGGCAAAUGUUAUUAGUGAGCUCAGCUCCAUCCUGCAGCACAUGAAUAAGGAAAAAUCCCCAAAACAGGGUGAUUCCCUUGAUUCUCCAACAGGACCCAGGAGCUUUACAAACAGGGAUUCUGCCAUUCCCUCUGUCUCAGGUACCCAGCGCUCCACUGCUCUAACAUUCACCACUCCAUCUACUCCUCCCUCCAUCCUUCCUUCAGUCACCUCUCCUUCUGCAACAAGCCCCACCCCUUCCACACCAGGCCCGGCAUCUUCUCCGGCUCCGACCCCGCCUCUUUGCCUGUUCGGAAGCCGCUCCGCAUCUCCUCUCUCACUCUUGCACUCGUCCUCAUCGUCCUCAUCUUCAUCCAACUCCAAGCCGUUUUCCAGCAAGCCCGUCCUGCUGUGGUCCAAGCACGACGUCGCUGACUGGCUGGAGAGCCUCAACAUGGCCGAACACAGAGACGCCUUCAUGGAGAAUGAGAUCGAGGGAUCUCACCUGCCAAACCUGCAAAAAGACGACCUCAUCGAUCUGGGAGUGACACGGGUCGGCCAUCGCAUGAACAUCGAGAGGGCGCUUAAGCUGCUGAUGGACAGAUAAAGCAAAGACGAGUGCACUUUUUCUUCCCUUGCCUUCUGUCUCUCCCUACACAAAUGCUGAGCAGGAAGGACUAUCAGUAAGGACACUCGCUUUUUACACAUCCUUCCCGAGCGUGUGAACGAGUGUGUGAGAAAAAAAAACACUUCUGAUUCAUUUGGGACCACUCUGACUUUUUCAGAUCGCCAGCUGAGCUGGAGGCUUUUUUCUAUCUUUGCUAGAAAAAAAAAUAUUUCAUCACUAUAAAAAUAUUUGGCGGUUAACUUGCAGCAAACACACACUGGAACAAAUAAGAUGUGUCACUUUGUUCUUUUCUUUUCCUUUCUUCACUUCUGUGUGUGUGUCUGUGUUUGUGUGUGUGAUUGAGACCCAAGCCAAAAAGGGGAGUCUAUCUACAGACUGCAGAGCCGUGCUUGUUAGUGCUAAAGAGUAGAAACGUAUGACAUAAAUAGAAAUAUAACAGAAACUCUGACAGAAUUUCUCCCUUCCUAGAGUUAGCAAUGCAGAUGUGUUUUUAUUUAUUUAUUUAUUUACUGAUCUUACUCACCAGUUUAGUUAAAAUCCCGUCUGGUUAGUUAGCUGGCUAACAAGAUAGAAAAGCCAAUAACAUUCUUCUUCCUGUUUCAAGACUUCCAUGACACACUUACUUUGUCAUAUAUACCACUGGUGGUUUGUGAUCUGCAGACAACUCUGAGAAAAAAGUUGGGCAUGAGCCGCUUCUAGUGUUCAGUAUCACGAUAAUCAGGAUCAACAAUUUAUUAUCAUUUGAACUAUUCAUAUUUGAUUAUUAUUAAAACUUUAUUUUCAUGUUGUUUAUUUAAAUUUUGAUAAGCUUUGGUUCAGCAGCCAUACCAAGCAGUGAAUAUAUAUAUAUAUAUAUAUAUAAAAUAUAUAAAACACUGCUAGAGGGAUAUUCCCCAGUCCUGCUCACGAUGGCCACUGAACAAAAUUAAGCAAUUGUAUUCUUCAAUUUCGUCUAAAAUUAGCAGAAGACAUCUAUCCUCAUGCUGCCUUCAGAACAGGACACGGAGUACAACAUCCCCAAACUCUCGUACACCUAAUCGUCAUCCAUGAUGAUGUACCACGUGCUGAAUAUCGUGAUAACUGACACCGGCACAUGCCUAGUGACAAGUAAACACACACACACACACAUCAUAUCAGUACAGGAACUCCAGUGUAGCAGCCCCUCCUGUGUGAAUGUGUGAUGUGUGUGUGUUUUUUCCUUUUUGUCUUCCUUGUGACUGAAGGGUGGAUUUAUCAGUUCGGAAUAACUCAGAAUCAAAAGUGUGCCACUCCUCCUUUAUAUUUUCUAGACAGACUCUCUCAUUUACAAUCACGCUAUCGCAAUAGAUUUCUAGAAUUGUAGCCGUCCGAAUGAUUUAUUUACUAAUUAUGUAUUUGGUGUGAGACAAUCCCCCUACUUCUGUCGGUGUCCAUGUCUCUCACUUCUCCUCCUCCUCCUUCCUUUCUUUUCUCUUUCUCUAUCUCCCUCAAUUUUUUUCUCGCCAAAACCUCUUCUCUUUUUCCUUUUAUUUUUCUUUCAUAUCUUUCACUUCAUAAUUCUGAUUGCAUGGAUUCAUUUAGUUAUUUUCUUAAAACAAUGAAGUGACUUCUUUGGACAGCAGACACUCGAUUGUGGGUUUUUGUGUACGGUCUAUUAAGGAUUCCCCCAAAUAUUACAGCCAAUGAGCCUUUAAGGCUUCUUUAUCCCACCAUUUAAAGGGUCUAAAUCCUAGAAAUUAAUGCUGGACAAACACAAAACAUUAAGUAACAAGAGGUGAAGAUCUUUUUACAUUAAGUAACAAGAGGUGAACGUGUUUUUGAAAGCCGACGAACAUCGGGCUUGGUUUGACCCCACACUGUGUCGGUCCAGGAGAUGAAGUUAUAUUAGUAAAUUGUCCAGUUUUAUCAGAACAAAUACGCCCUUACGAUCUUACGAUGCCUUAACUGUAUCUCAUCCAUUCUCUGUAUCGUCCUCUGUUCUUAUUCGUAAUCUUCUUGCAUUACAUAAGUGAUGAGAGAUAUUCUUACUGCUGUAUUUGUCUCUUCCUUAUAUUCUGUCUUUUCAUCAACAAUCAACACUCCUUCACUUACUUGUCUCCUCAUUUGUCUUACUCCAUUCUUCUCAUCUUUACUUUCUUUCUUUUGCUCUUCGCUAUCUUUCUUCCUCAAUAUAAGCCGAACCUGCCAUAAAAGCAUUGCUCCGCUUUAUACACAGAGUCUAUUUUUAAACUUGUAAAGCGUAUGUGUAAGGAAAGGCACAGUAUAAAUAAAAAAACACUCAUUGUCAUUAUUAGAGAUCUGAUUGUUAAUCAUGAACAACCUGAUUUUAUAUUUUGAUACUUUGACCAAUGUGACCAUAUUUACUGUUUGAUCUGUUUAAAAAGAUAGAGAACUAGAGGAAAUGUUUAAACUCUUAUGUAUGAGUGAGUAGGGCGUGUGCUGAGAUUCAGUCACCAGUUUCAUCUUCUCACAGACAAAACAUCAAAAAGAACGAUUGGAAAGAGAGAGAGGGAGAGGUGGAGAAAUACAGGGCGAGAGUGGUAGGGGAGGAAGAGGAAAAGGUAUACAGGAAAUAAAGGAAGAAGACAGGAAAUGCAGGACAUACUGGGGAGAAAAAAAAUAGAGGUUGGAGCCAUGUGGAGGAAAUGCCUUAGAGAGGGAGAGAGAGAGAUUUCUCCAGACGUCUCCAGAUACAGAACAAAUGUGAUUUUAGAUUCAUUUUAGAUUCAUUUUUCUAAACAUUCCUUCAUCUUCAUUCCAUCCCAGAAAUAUUUUAAAAGUGUGUGUUUGUGUGUGAAUUUUCAGAUGGACCAUGAGUGAAUGACUUUAGAGUUCUACUAUGAGUUGUUAUUAUUAUUAUUAUUAUUAUUAUUAUUAUUUGCUGGGAGCGGAAUUGAAAUUUGCUGCCCAAGUCACGCUGCUUUGUGUCGACCCUUUUUAAAUAGAGAUUAUUUUACACUAGAGUAUGACAGCAAAAACUUAAAGCACAGUAUUUUUAAUGAUUUCUAUAGAAAAUGUAUGGAAUUUUAUAAAGCUAUGGGACUGAAAUGGUGCGGUUUGCCAAAUUGUGUUUUAGAACUAUUUAAAUGAGAUGAAAUAUGUACAUUUAUCUGAUUCCUUAAGAAGCAAUAUUUCUAUAUAUAUGAAUCUCUCCUUGGUUGUGAGCUUCAACAAUACAUCCUGAAAUCUGUGACUGUAAGAUCGAAAAGAUACAUAUUUUAUGAUUUUGGAGGUAAAAUAGUCUACAUUACUAAAUCAUAACGGUUGAGUUUCUGUAAAAUGUGUGUAUACCUGACAUGCUGUAAAUGUAUACACAGGCCACGUCUACACUCUUUAUAUAACGCUUAUUAGCAAUGGAAAAUGUAGAUUAAAGCAGUAGUUGAAUUAAAUGAAACGCUGAACUUCACUAUCAGGCCUCACCUCCCCAACAUUCAGCUACCUUUUUUUUUUUAAUAGAUAAGCCUUUUAGCCUCACUCUGUUUUUGUGUGUUCAUGUUCUCUUUCUUUGCUGUAAUUUUGUGCAGAUCCUCUUAAUUAGAAAGUAACAAAACUAUUAUUAAAUGUCAAAAAGAUCAAUUCCAGAGACUGCUUUUCCCCCCUGCCCAAAAUGUUUCAUGUAUGGGAACCAAAACUAACUACAAAAAAUAAACAAAGCAUUUAUGACCUAA